AUGGAAAACAUACUACUUACCAAAUCGACUUAUCACCAAAAACUUUCCUCUCUCACUCUCUCUCAUACACAGACACACAUACAACUCUUUCUUUCUCUCUUUUACUCUGUCCGAAUUGAUUUAUCUGAGGAUCAGAACAUUUUAAAAUCUUUUUACUUCUUUCUAAAAAUAUUUUUUUGCUUUUUUCAAAUCUCAUUUUUUCCCUUUUCCUUUUUUUUUCCUUUCUUUUUUAUUUUAUCUUUCGUUUUCUUACUUUUUCUUACUUUUUAUUCUUCCUUCUUUCUUCCUUUUCUUUUCUCAUUUUUAUUUUAUUUUAUCUUAUUUUUCUUCUUUUUUCUUUCUGUUUUCCUUCAUUUUAUUCUUUCUUUUUCUCUUUUCCUUUUUUCUUUGAUCCUAUUUUUCUUCUUUUUUAUUGAUUUUCCUUUUUUACCUUUUAUCUUAUUCUUCCAUUUUGUUUAUUUGUUUCCUUUUUCAUUUUCAAUCAUUUUUAUCUUAUUUUUCUUCACUGGCUUUGUUCUUUCUGUUUUUUUAUCAUAUUUUUCUUCCAUUUUCAUUUUUGCAUUUCAUUUAUUUCAUUUCUUUUUUUUAAUUUUUUCCUUCUUCUCAUCCAUUUUAUCUUUCUUUUUCAUUUCAUAA